AUGGAGGAAGCGAAAGAGAAUGUCCAACUGGACGCAGGUGGUGGUGAAUACUCCCGGGAACGAGAGGUUGCCGUACAGUCGGCGGCUGCAGACGGAUUUACUGUGGACCGCGGUGAUGCAGACGCCGCCUUUGCUGCUGACUUCUUGUCCCCUGUUCACAAAAAGUCGCCUUCUCUAUGUGGAUCCUGUGAUGGGGAGUUCUUUGGAAAGAUGCAGUCGCCCGGAAGCUGCGCUACAGAGGGCGUUACUGCAUUUUAUGCCGCCGCUGAGAACGAGAUCAACAUCGACGUGGAGAGUGGUGAUAAUCAUGAUAUACCAGCUAUCACAAUUUGGGUUCCCACAGCCUUCACAAAGGCAGCUGGACGGCGGAUAUGCAUACGGGAGCAGCGUUGCAUUACUCAGGACUCGCCGUACUGGCGGUUGCUUAAUGAGUGCCCCCUUGCCGAGGGGUUCGCUGACAAUACAGAAGUUGAGGAAAAGCAGACGGGUGACUCCCACCAACAGUACCCCCGAAGUUUACAGCCGCACUGGCGCCGGCGGCGGCGGGAAUCAAAUGUAUUUCUGUCGCCAAUGCCUUACGAGGAGUCUUUUGCUACCUUACCUCGGUGCCGGUCGUGCCCCUCAAGUCUGGGAAGUAGAAUUUCGUGGGAGAAUUAG